UAAUUCCAAACCGAGAUGUUGUCUUCCUCAGGGUUGUGAUGAACAUAGCGAUGACCUAAAAUGGGUCAGCCCUAGUAGUCACCAGCAUCUAGGUUCUCCUGCGUCUCCUUCCCUGAUGACAAAGCAAUCCAAGCAUGAAGAGCAGGAAUGAUGACGUCACUGGUGGACAGUGGGCAAAAGUCGGAGCAAGACGAGUCUGAGCAGCUUAGAGCACUGGCCUAAGGAAUCCUACUGAACUCUCUCAUCCAUCACAAUGAGCAACAAAUUCCUAGGGACCUGGAAACUUGUCUCCAGCGAGCACUUUGAUGACUACAUGAAAGCUCUAGGUGUGGGGUUAGCCAACAGAAAACUGGGAAACUUGGCCAAGCCCAGUGUGGUCAUCAGUAAGAAGGGGGAUUAUAUCACCAUUAGAACUGAGAGUGCCUUUAAAAAUACAGAGAUCUCCUUCAAGUUGGGCCAGGAGUUUGACGAAACCACAGCUGACAACAGAAAAACCAAGACCAUUGUGACGCUGGAGAGAGGCUCCUUGAAGCAAGUGCAGAAGUGGGACGGUAAAGAGACAACAAUAAAGAGAAAGUUGCUGGAUGGGAAAAUGGUAGUGGAAUGUAUAAUGAAGGGCGUGGUCUGCACCAGAAUUUAUGAGAAGGUCUGAGAAAAAAAAAAAGGUUGGAUCAUCCAAAUGGUGUUUGCUAAUCUAAGACUGGAAAUCAUUCAGCAAGUCCUGAAUCCACUGCAGCUGGUUUGUCUGGCUUCUCCUGCACUUGUCAUAAUGUGUUCUAUAGUAAAGGUUUAAAUGAGGAUUAAUCUAAAAUAUGAAUUUAGACAUUUUCCAGUUUCAUGCAUGUCUUUACCAUGUGAAUCCCUCUGUAUUGACUAGACGAAAGACAUCCCAUAAAAAUCACUGUUGCAAAAUGACAGCCUAAGCUGUGCUCAUUCUGUUUUAAAUAAUGAUAAAAAGAAGUAGUCAAAUACUAAAACAAGGUGAGAGCUUUGUUCUGUGAAGUGAUAAAUGUCUCCGGGGGCCUGGAAAUCAUCAAGCAAACAAAGCAAGAAGAUGAGCUGCUCUAAAUUGGGGUGGGGGGGGGGAGUUCCUUGUUUCAGCCAACAGGAGCAGCCUUCAUUCCAUUUGGCCAAAGUUUUGUAAUGCACAAACAAUAAUAUGCACAGUUGUUAUAGCCACCGAGCGUGUUUGACAAGUGCAUGUUACUAUGUGUGUGCCCAUCCCAACUGAGGCAAACACAGUUCCUCCAUCUUAGAAGUCUUCCUCAUCUCCUUCCCCAGGUGAUGUCAACCCACCAGAAGCAAGGAUGGUUCUGAUUUGGCCCUAGACUAGCUUUGCUUAAAUAGCACCAGACCUCUUGGAUUCAUUUCUCUUUGCCUUUUAAACCCUAGCAUGAUGGUUUCCAGGUUUAUGCAGGUUAUUGUAUGUAGUGAUAAUCUGUUUCUUUUUAUCUCUGAGCAUUAUUCCAUUGUAUAACUGCAUCAUUAUAGCUUCACACCGGUCUUCUGAGAAAAUAGGGUUAUAAGCAGUGUUUGAAAAUGAUGAAUAAAGCUGCUACAUUCUUGUACAAGG